UAACCUCUAACAUUAUGUACGUACAAGGAAAUGGCUAGAAGUACUUAAAUUGAAGUCACAGAAAACUUUUCACUAAUUUAUAUUUACUUUGGACGUCCAAUACGAUAUAUAAAAAAAACUUUUACAGUUAGGCUGUACACAAACAUACAGCUUAUCCAUACCAUACGACUCAUAUGAUGCAUCUGAUAUUGAUUCUUCUUGUGACUCCUUUUGUUUUCGCGUCUGGAGCUCGAAAUUGUCCAAGGCGACCACGUCGCCCUGAUGGAUGUGAUAAAGUAAUCAACCACUACACGAAAGGAUGUUUGACAAGAUAUGAAUGUAAAAAAGAAGGUCAACCUUGCGCUGGAACAACAGGAUGCCCUCCUGCUCCAUCAAAAGACUGUUCCACUCGAACAUUUUACAAAACCAUCAAUAAGGUCAAAUGUAUAUCGGGCUGUAAACAUUGGUGUUGCAAAACUGAAGAAGAAGUACUUAAAGAAUGUCCAAAAACCAGCCCAGACAAUCCAUACUGUAUACACACUAAUGUUGUACGUUACACCAUAAAUGGAAGAAAGUGUCCAGUAUAUUGUGGAUGCAUACCGGACUGCAGAAAAUUGACAUGCUAAAUCAAAUAAAG